ACGUGCGCAGAUCUCUCCUCACACCCAGAAACAUUUCACAAGCAACUCCGCCGGCAUCUAGCUCUAGCCAGUAGGUGGAAUUGCAUUGUCCUACUGAAAGAUGCCGAAGUCUAUCUAUCUGAGAGGGACGAAAAUAUGGACCGCAACCGAAUAUUGUCAAUAUUCCUAGACGCUCUUGACAGCUUGAGCGGAACGCUCUUUCUGACCUCGACCCGUGUGGGCUUGAUCGAUGAGUCUUUGAGACAUCGCAUCCACAUCGCUCUUUCGAUCCCGGAGCCGGACCGGGCAGCGGCAAGUCACAUGUGGAGCGCGGCGCUACACAGCGUGAAGACGCUGAACUCAUGGGAAGUAGACUACAGAGGCAUCCUGUCCUGGGCCGAGGCUCGAUACAAGAAGCGAUCCGUCUCUGAGAAGACGUGGUCGAGUCGGCAGGUCAGCAACGCGAUCGAAACCGCCAUGGCUGUCGCGUCGUUCGAU